AUGGCGAAAGGAACCACCAGAUCCUGGUCGUCAUCGCUCGCACUGGUCGCAGUCGCAGUCGUAGCCCUCCUCAACACUACCGCAACCGCAGCCCCCACCGCUCAGACCCAAUCCCUCUACGGCCUCGUCGAACGUCUUCUUCCAAAGGCCUACCACACCACCUUUGAUUUCCAGAUCGUCUCCGAGUCGGCCAUACCCCUUUCCUCCCCCAAGAACAAGUACGAUGUCUACCGUGUUUCUAACGUUGCGGCCACCGCUGCUGAUGCCAGUGCAACAGGGCAUGGUCGCCCAACUGUCUUGAUCGAGGGUACUACUCUCUCGGCCUUGGGUGUCGGACUCAAGUACUACCUUGAGCAGGCUGCUCAGGUCGAGUUAACCUGGAGUGGUAGCCGGUUCAAUGAGCUGCCUAACCAGCCUCCCCGUGUGCCUGAUCAGGAGUUGGACUCGGGUAAUGUUGUGACGACGGGUCAUGUCCAUGGAAGCUUUGUUCCUUGGAGGUAUUAUACCAAUGUUGUUACUUUUGGAUACCAGUUUGCGUUCUGGGACUGGAGCCGUUGGGAGCGUGAGCUCGAUUGGAUGAUGUUGAACGGCGUCAACCAGCUGCCAGCCAUGGUCGGCCAAGAAUACGUCCUCCGCGAGUUCUUCCGCAGCCUGGGCGUCAAGGAUGCCGAUUUCUCCAGCUUCUUCUCUGGACCCACUUACCAACCCUGGCAACGCAUGGGCAACAUGCAAGGAUCUUGGACCUACAAGCUCACCGGUGCCGGUACCGAGGCCGACGAACUCGCCUACAAGCAUCGUUGGAUUGAUUCUCAAUGGGCACUUCAACAAAAGAUUCUUGCCCGUCUCGAUGGAUUCAACAUUACUUCCGUCCUCCCGGCCUUUCAGGGUUUUGUCCCCCGCGCUUUGAAGAACCUGUAUCCUCAGGCGGAUAUCCGUAACUCGUCGACCUGGUCAGGCUUUCCCAUCCAGUAUACUAAUGUGACCUACGUCGAGCCCACCGACCCCCUGUUCGCCAAGCUGUUGAUUGAUUACCUCAAACUCCAGGACAAGUUGAACAAUGGUCAUCGCUCCCAUCUGUACCUCUUGGAUCUCUAUAACGAGUUGAUCCCCUCCUGCUUGACCGAGGUCUGCCUCAAGGCCAUCUCCACGGCGGUCUCGAAGACUCUGCAGACGGCUGACAAGGAUGCGGUUUGGGUCAUGCAGGGUUGGUUCUUGACUGCUCCUGCAUGGAACCCUGCUAGGGGUAAAGCUUACCUUGAAGGUAUCCAGGAGGCUGGUGGAAAGUCGUUUGUCUAUGAUUUGGCUUCGGAUUCUGUCCCUGUCUGGGAUUCUUAUGAUGGUUUCUUUGGCAGUGACUUUGGCUGGAGCGUUAUCAAUAACUACGGUGCCUCGCAGGGUCUCUUCGGAAAGCUCUCCGAGAUCACAGUCCUCCCUUACACCGCCUUCGCCCAAUACCCUAACCAUCUCCGCGGCAUCGGAGUCACUGCUGAGGGCAUCAACAACAACGAAUUCAUCUAUGAACUCACCUACACCUUCCCCUGGGUCAACCCAGACCAACCCGCCCUCAACAUUCCCAAACGCCUCGAACAGUUCAUUCAACGCCGCUAUGGUCCCUCCGGUGCUACACCUAAAGUCCAACAGGCUUGGAAGCUCCUCUCGGAGACCGUCUGGGAUUCUCGGACCAAAAAGGAAACCGGUUCGAAAUCCUAUAUUGAAAAACCCCCAGCUCUGAACAUGACUGACCCUGGAUGGUUGGGAACAGUCUUUUGGUAUAACAAGACCACCGUCGUUCAUGCUUGGGAUACCUUAGUUCAGAGCGGUGUUGCGGAACGGAACGCUCCUCAUGGUCGCCCCUUGCCUAAAUCCUACAUCUUUGAUCUGGUCGAUACCACCCGCGAGAUCCUCUUGGCAACCGUCUUCCCCUCUGUCCAUGGUUCAUUGAUCGCUGCCUACAACCGCCAAGACGUCGUCCAGAUCCGCACCGCCGGCCGUCAACUCCUCGAAGUCGCCAACGACGCCGACCGUCUCCUCUCCUCCCACCCUUUAUCCUCCUUCGGUUCCUGGGUCAAGGAAGCCCGCGCCUCCUCCAACCUCCCCCUCCCCGCUGGCAGCACCACCCCAUCAACCUUCAACCGUAACGGCUUCCAACAGUUCCUGGAAUCCAACGCCCGCAACUUGGUCACCUGGUGGGGCCCUGAGCCUGCAGGACUCGCAGAUUACGGCUCCAAGCAGUGGGGAGGUCUCAUCUCGUCCUAUUACGUCCCUCGCUGGCAGUUGUUCAUUGCCCAACUCGAGUUGGCCGCUCAACAGAAGCGUGAUUUUGACCCUGUGGCCUUCUCGGCCCUGGUUUCGAAGCAUGAGACGGCUUGGCAGGCUCAGAGGUGGGGAGAUAGGAAUGGCGAGAGCUGGGCAUCGAAUGGGUAUGAUUCUAUUGAUAUUGUUCGCCAGUUGUGGGUCAAGUACGCUGCCUUGGCUGCCAAGAUUGCUGCUUCUGAGGAUUAG